AUGCUGCUCCUGACACAUUCGCGGCCUAUCUCGUCCUUACGGGCCCUGAAUCGGAGCUGGCGCAGCCAUGCCGGCGCAACCGACCCGGCACGCGCAGAAGAGCCCCUUCUUGAGCGCUUGGGCGAGGUCGUGCGACAUACCUGGUAUCUGGGAUUUACGUCUUUUGGGGGUCCGCCGGUUCAUUUCCAGAUUUUUCACGCGCGGUUUGUCGAGCAGGAAAAGUGGGUUGAUGAGCAGACGUACCAAGAACUUUUCGCUAUCUGUCAGGGCCUGCCGGGACCGGGUUCGACCAAGAUGCUAUUCUGCUUGACGUUGCUUCACGCUGGUUUCAUCCCGGCCAUACUGGCAUUUGUCCUAUGGUGUCUUCCCGGCGCAGUCGGUAUGUAUGCCCUCUCUCUCGGCGUGCAACGGAUCGACGAAACACUGCCCGCGGCAGUCUACGCUCUUCUCUCCGGUCUAAAUGCCUCGACAGUAGGCAUUGUUGCCCUCGCUGCCGUCCAGCUAGCUGAAAAGGCGAUCCGUGAUAAGAUUGCCCGCAUCCUGGUUAUUUUCGGUGCAUGCGCAGGUCUCUGCUAUAGCGCGCUCUGGUAUUUCCCAGUUCUUAUGGUUGCGGGUGGUGUUACUACGGCACUGAAUCGGCAGCCCGAACCGGAGGGUGACGAGCCUGGAUCGGCAGGCCGCGAGAGUUCGUCCAUGCAAAGCCCAGAACAGGGUGCUAGAACAGAGAUGCUACGGAUGAGGAAGUCAGGUGCAGAGGCAUCCCCCCCGAACUCAACCAAUAUCCAGGCCCCGGAAGGAGGGGAAGCCGCACCUGCAUGGGAGCAUAUCAUUCGGAUCCGUGUAGGGGCUGCAAUUCUUAUCUUCUUCUUUGCGUCCUUCAUCGCCAUUCUUGUCACAAGAGCCAAACUCUCCGCACCGCCUCUAUCUCUCGAACUCUUCGCGAAUAUGUACUUAGCUGGCACUGUGAUCUUCGGCGGCGGCCCCGUCGUUAUCCCCUUGCUCCGGUCAUACGUCGUAGACCCGGGUUGGGUUUCCAGUCGAGACUUCCUCAUCGGCCUUGCAAUCAUUCAGGCCUUCCCCGGCCCAAACUUCAACUUUGCAGUCUUUCUCGGUGCUCUUGCCGUCCGAACAACAUCCUACCCGACAGUCUUCGGUGCCUUCCUCGGUGGGCUAGGGUUCUUCUUUCCUGGAAUUACCCUCGCCGUCGCAAUCCAGUCCUUUUGGCGUGUUCUGCGGAAACAGAAGUAUAUUGUUGACUUCCUCCGAGGUCUGAAUGCAUCAGCUGUUGGAUUAGUGUUUACAGCUGUGUACCGGCUUUGGGAAAUCGGAUAUCUAACUCCGCAGGAUCGUGAUGGGCAGAGUCUGGGGAAGGAGCCCUGGUGGGUUGUUAUUGCCGCUGUUACAUAUGCCCAGAGUGCAUGGUUCAAGAUCCCGCCUGCGGUUGCAAUUGUGCUAGGUGCUGUGCUUGGGUUGUGUUGGUAUGAAGUCGUUAGUCCUGCCUGGUGA